AUGCUCCAGCUAAAUAGAACAAUAAGGCAGACAAGUCAAAGACUACUAUUUUCAAAUAUAAUACGAAGAUCAUAUACAACUCAAAAUAUGGGCGAAUAUGAAACCAAAAUUUAUGAUAUAUUAAAUUCAGAAUUCCAACCAACCAAUUUAAAAGUUCAAGAUGUAUCUGGAGGUUGUGGAUCAAUGUUUGCUAUAUUUGUUGAAAGUUCUAAGUUCAAAGGUUUACCAAUGAUAAAACAACAUAGAUUAGUUAAUGAUUUACUAAAAGAUGAGAUCAAACAAUGGCAUGGGUUACAAUUAAAGACUAAAUCUAGUUAG